AUGACAUCAAAUACAGACCUUUUAACACCACGAUUCUUCUACACAACACAGGGGAUCCAGAGCGCUAUCGGGCUCCACAAUGUCCUUGUGGGGUUUAUGGUCGCUGGCAUUGUAGGCGAGGUUUCGGUUCUCAUCCUAGUGCCAAUAGUCGGCUCUAUUGCAGUUUGCGUCAGUAGCGCUUUGUCGUACUAUGUCACCUUUACCGCCGUGCACGCCCCUGUUAACCAGGCCGUCGCUGCUGGCUUUGGGGGUCUUACUUACCUGGUUCAAGAAGCCGGACUCCCUUUUUAUAGCUAUGUGGUCCUAAAGAAUAUCCUCUGUGGCCGCGAACGCAGAUUCUUCCGACUUCUUUUCUGGGUGCUAAUGCUCGUCGUCUUUGUCAUUCACGUCAUCCAUACCGUGCUUAGCGUAGGAUAUUUUCUGGGCUCCCCGGCUUUGGCCAUGGACACAAUAAAGCCGUUACUUAUAGUUUACUACUUAACCAUCGCAAUUAUAGAGUUUGUAAGCGCAGCAUUAUUGAUAAAGAAUUUUCGCAAGGUGCUCGGGGCGUCGCUAUCGUCGCCAUUAACGGCGGGAAAGCUGUAUCGCUAUCUGAUGAGUAGCACUGAGAUCCGCCUCGCCACGAUGGCAUUUAUCGGCAUUGGUCGUACCUUGAGCACAGCAGUCGAGACCCAAGUUGGUCAGGUAGGGUUAGCAGGCGAUGUUGAUGGGUUUAUAUAUACGGUAGAGUGUCUGUUCCCUGUCGUUAUGUAUAUCGACAUCCUCGCCUCGCGCCUCAUAUUCGCCCACGACACCAACAGAACAGGCAAUAACUUUAUUGCAGAAAUUGAGGAGAGAGGAGGGAGUAUCUAA